GGUGUAUGCAGAUGAGGAUUCGCUCAAGCGACACGCCGCGAGCGUGCAUCAUCAUCACCAUCAUCAUCAGCAGCAGCAGCAUCAUCAUCAAGAACGUCCCGAGCCGGAAUUGUCACUGAGUGCGGAAGUGUCCAUCAUGAGAGUGAUGAAGCCCACGCCGAUGGUGUCUUCGCAAACGCAGACGCAACACAGCGGGACGCAAACCGCGGCGAAAGUGAGAAGUUCCGUCGGUUCCAUGCCGCAACCGUGUAUUAGUAUCUCUAAGAUCACUCGGGAACCACGAGCACAACUCGAACAAUUGCGCGCCUCUCCGGAGAUUGUUGUUAGUGCGAUCCCCGUUGUGAGCAGCAGCGGCGGCAACAGCAGCAGCAGUAGUACUUGCAGUAGUAGUACUACUACUAGCAGUAGCAACAAGGACCACCACCACAACCACACGCAACACCACCAGAGCAACGCUAGUGGCAAAGGCGCUGCUAGCACGAGUAGCAAGGGUGUGAUGGCGAGGCCCGUGGCUGAAUUUCAGUACACGUGCUUGACGUGCGGAGCAGUGUUCGGAUCGUACGGAGAUAUGGUGAAGCAUCAGCAGGGAGUUCACGGGGGAGUUGUGCCACAGUUGAAAACGAGUUUGCCGCCAGCGACGACUGCAAAGCCUGGCAAGAUGACGCAGAUUAUUGCCAAGAUGCGAUCAGAGCUUUCAGAGCGGCCGAAGCAGGCUGCAAAACCAGCUCAAAUAGUGAAACAAAAUUCGGAAGAUGAUAUGCAUAAUCUGGGGAUUGCAGCGCUUUUCGCGUGUACUUCAGUUGGUUCACCCGCGACGAAAACUGAUUCGAGUCCUUCAAAGUCUUCAAAAGCGGUUGAGGUCAAACAACAACAACAGCAGCAGCAGCAAAAACAGCAAACACCACAGCAGCAACCGCCUCCACAACCACAACAACAGAAGCAAAAGGUCCCACCAUCUCCGCAAAAGAAAUCCCAAGGCGCGAUUAAGGCCUUUGAUUUACGGCUCAUCGACGCGUCGGAUACUGAAUACUUUGCCAAGGUCUCGCACAACAUCGCCGAUAAUUUGACGAACCACAUGGACGGACGUGUGAAUGCCAAGCGGAAGACCCGAAGUGUACCCAUGCGGUUUGUACCGGCAGCCAAGUCGAAGGGCCACGACGAGUCUGUGCUUUCUGCCCCACCGUCGAAACGACGGCGCACGGAAGUGCAAUCCCAGGUGCCCAGAGAAGAUCCGAUAGAAACCGACCCCGAGAAAAUCUUCUUUGCCAAACUUGGCAUGAGGAAGAAGGUGACAGCGGUGUCAUCUGGUGUCGGCGGGGGUUCGCAGGACGGGAAUCCCGGACAGUCUGUGGACAAGGUGAAACAGAUCUACGAGAAAGAGGAUCCGCAGAAUUGGACCACGUUUGCGGGAGAGUUGACGAAGCCGAAGGUGUACAUGUGCGGGGUGUGUGGAGAGCAGACGACGACGUUGGCGAAAAUCAACGAGCACAAGAACAAGGCCCACGGACCCUUUGGGAGAAACGUGCAGCAUUUGGAAUGGGACGGGAGGGCCAAGAUUCCGGACGAGCUUUUGCCUAAGGCGCCCAGGGUGGACGGGGUCAUUAGCGGCGCUGUUCUGAUGGAGCAGACCGAGUUCAGAUGCAUGAAGUGCGGUUCAAUGUCGAGCUCAAACGAUGAACUGCUGAUGCACGUUGGGAAAUGCGCGGAUGAUUCAAGAAAACGCGUUGUGCGCCCAACGACGAAAACCGGACUGAAGCGAUUUUCAAAGAUAAGUCGGUGCGUCGUCAGGGACAGUCCUUCCAGUCCUGUGAAGCCAACAAAUGUUCGGCUGAUCAAGUCUGUCGUCGAACCAUACAAAGGAGCAUUUGUCGGGAAUAAGAAAACCACUGCUGCCAAGACCACAAAUCGAACUCCGACGGCAUCGGCGAAACGUUCGCCGACAAAGCCGAACAACAACAACAACAACAACAGUAGCAGCAAUAACAAUAAUAAUGGCAACACCACCAACAACAACAAUAAGCAGGAGGCUCAAGAUAAACUUGAUGUUUCCAACGGAGGUGGUCUGAAGUUCAUCAUCCGUCACGGGAAGAUGAUCAGCUCGACGGAAGCUGUGAAAGAAGGUUCGAAGAGUGAUACUGAAACCACAGUGACUCCAAUUCCAGUCCCCACCCCGGCAACUGUCACACAAGUGGCGACUAUUUCUGCACCAUCAGUACCACCAGUUCCUCCACCACCUCCUGGUCCUACUGUAGCUACGAUCACACAACAAGUGAUCAUCAAGAAGAAAAAGAAACCCAUUGAAGCGCCUUUACAAAUCGUGCUGCCUUCGCCUCCAACGCAACAGUUUACAGCAACUUUGGCGAAGAAGAAGCCUGCGGCUCCUGUCGUACCCAUCAGUCCGCAACCAGCGACGAUUACCAAAAAAUCGAGGGAGGUGAAACCGGAACCCGUUCAGGCUGCAGUGGAGCCCGAACCCGUGGAUUUCCUAUGCGUGGGCUGCGGUGAAGCCUUUACAAACAAGUCUGCGUCCGAUCGUCAUAGCAGAAAAUGCAUCCGCCUAGCCAAGGAAUCCCCGGUCGUGGUGAAAGAACCAGUCGCAGUGGUCAAAGAGACAGUGGCUCCCAUAGUCAAAGAGCCUGUCGAUGUGCUACCAGAAGUUCCCGCGGAGAAACCUCCUGUGGAACCUGUGGCUGCGAUGGAAUUUUUAGAACCGGAAUUACCAGAGGAGGCAAAACGUGGGCGGAAACCUGGGGGUUUCGCAGGGAAGAAGCGUCGCAGGAACAGUUGUUGGUCUCGUGGGCAGGUGAACAAGAAGAAGUCCAUUAAGCGGCAAUCGUUGCCCGUGAAAAUUGAAACUCCAAUCGUGGCGGAUCUCGAGGAAUUGGCUAUACUGGAUAAGAAGCCCGCCUUUCUUCCUCCUUCACGAAAAAGUCGACGGAUUAGUAAUAAGAAGGACUUGCUACAAGACAAGCUGUUGGAAUUGAUGGACGAGGAGAGGAGUUGUCCCAAUUGUGGCCAAAUGGCUACUGCUCCUGGGUGGAUGGCGCGGCAUAGAAACGUCUGUGAUGCUCCGAAACCGGCUGUUCCGGAGGAAAAACCCACUCGAAGAUUGAAAGCCGAGAAACAAGUGCUCGAUUCAGCGCCAAUCGAAGCUCCAGCCCCUCCCGCACCACCUCCGGAGCCAUCACCAACGCCACCACCACCAGCACCACCUGCGGAACCUAUUGCAUCAACUCCCCCAAAGAGAAUCGGGAAUUCAUCCACCAGGAAACGGAAAAUGAAAGACGCUCCAUCCCCAGUGAAGCCGGUGACACCAGUUGAACCAGACGAGGACGAGCCUAAGCUUCCGGACGGAACCUGUUACGUCUGCCUAAAAGUCAUGACCCACAAGCACAACCUUAGCAGGCAUUACAAAUUCGUUCACGGCCUAGACAAGAGUCCCAGCCCGAAGGAAGCCCGGGAAAUACGAGAAACCCUCGCGUUGGAGAAGGAAGCGGUUGUUGCGGGUACAGUCGAAACAGUCGUGGUUUCGGCCAAACGUGGUAGAACCAUCAAGGGCAAAGCAAGGCGUUUGUCGCUCGACGAAACGAAUCCGAAAGCGAGUUUAGUAUGUUCCAAGUGUUCCCGAUCGUUUCUGCACGCGAGUGCGUUGCGCAGACACGUGAUGGAGUGCGCGGGUCGGCGGAAAGAUGGCGACGACGAUGACGCGAAGCGGGAUCGUGACGACGGUGAAAAUCACGAGGACGAUGCGUGUCCGAACGACUCCAGUUCGUCCGUUUCAAUUGAGUCUUCGAAGAACCAACAACCCCCUCAAGGUUCCAAAGGCGAUGGCUCGAGGGACACGGAAGAGGAAUCGAAAGUACGAUCGAGUUCAGAGCCGCCAGAGCAGAAGAAGCCCGGGCAACCGGAUGUGAUGACCGCUGGAGGAAAACUGUGUAACUUUUCGUGCCAUGUUUGCGGAGCGAGGUUCAGUUGUCGGGGCUGGUUUACCAAACACGUGAAGAAGUGUCACAGUGCCGAAACACCUGUGGAGGAUCUUGCGGUAUUGUCGACGUCCGAAGCGCCAGUGAAAGAAGUUCUUGUUUGUUGUGAAAAGUGCAGUCAAGAGUUCUCUUGUGCGUCGAAACUUGAACAACACAAACAUGUGUGUUCUAAAUUCGAGGAGUGUGAGAAAGAUGACGACGUCGAUGGAGGAGAGUCAGAAGUGUCUUUGUCGUCGGUGUUUGAUACAGUGGAUCUUCUGGCUGUGGCUGUUAGUAAUGAUGCUUUAGAGAAGAAGGAUUUGGUGGAGAUUCAAGAAGCUAUGGGUGUUACUGACGAGGAAAUGGACAAGAUUCUUCAACUUGGUUCUGCGAUGGCAAUCACGGAAUCUUUGGUUGAAGAUCCAGUUAUUUUGGAUCUGGAUGAGGCGUCGAAUGUCGGGAAGUUGGAAGGAAAGGCUGUUCAGGCGGAGGAUCCUCCAGUAAAAGGGAGCAAAGCGAUGAAGUGUUCCAAGUGUCCGGAAACGUUCACAACUCAAAUCUCCCUCAGUCUGCAUAUCAUUAAAACACACGUGGAGCAAUGUGAUGGAGUUGUUGCGAAUGGGGAGCCUCAGGAGUUCAAAAAGAAACUUUCAAACGUUCUUGGAGCUCUUCUCGACAAAGCCAAUAGCUUGGUGAAAAGCAAAACCUCGAAAGAGAGCAGACGGUUUGUGUGCAAAUGGUGUGAUCAUAAAUGCGAGGACUUCAAGAAGUACAAUUCGCACGUCAUGGAACUCCACGGGGACGUCUACUUGACGAAAGGAGAAAAUGCGCUUGAAACCCCUGCGAAAUCUGGAAGUGUCAUGCAAUGCCCCAUUUGCGAUGAGAGUGUGAACAACAGCAACGUUUAUAGUCAUUUGCAUUCCCGUCAUGUGGACUGGAAAAUUGAGUCAUUCCGUAAUGACAGUGAUAAAACAAUGAAGCUUACAAAAAUGUGUGGGAAUCAGUUGGUGACCCUCGAGGCAAAGCUUUGUGAAGAUUCAGGUGAUACGUUGCCCGUGGAAAUGCUGACCAACAACAAUGAUAUUCAUGGUUCUGUGCGAAAAAGUGAUAGUGUGCCGACGGAUGAGAACAAAGUUUUCUGUCAAGAGUGGCAUUGCAAGUUGUCGUUCAAAGAUGCUCAAGCCUUGAGCAAGCAUGUCGGAGAAGAGCACGAAACCAAGGUGCCGUUUGGUGCCAAAUCAAAGAUUGACAACAACGGAAGGUCCCAAGAGGAAAUCAAGGAGCUGGCGUUGAAAGCCAUCGCAGCUUUGGGCCCGAAAACGAAGCGGAGGAAAUCUCUCGCACGCAGAGCCAACUUGCGCGGACGGUCAAAAAUGAACAAGUCCGGGGAUGGGAUCUUCGUCGCCGAAUGAAAAUCUCUUCCUGAUGAAUUGAUAUUGCGGGCAUACAUUUAUUUUAUUGAUUUUUAUUUAUAUUGCGGUGAGUUGUUCUGUGUGGAUCAUUGGGGAACAAAAAUUUUUAGAGGGUCCGGCUGCGAGUUUUGAUUGUAUCCAAAAUACAUUUUAUUGUUCCUUUUUUUUUUCUCACUGACCUGUUUCUUCGCGGUGCUGAUCCGAGAAUUGCUCAAAAGCACGGUACAUUUUUCUUUUUCUCCUGCUGGGUCGAUUUGUGACGGGAGAAAUCAUUUCGUCGCGAUUGAACCGGAUCGGGCUUGUGAUCUGCGGCCUUUUUUUAUUGAGAUGAAUCUGUCCACGGAGCAGAAGUAGUGAGUGAUUCUUGGGAACUUUCGAAGCCGUGGGAUUCGCACGCUGGCAUAAAUUUUUGUAUGACAUGGGAAUUAUCCGGGCAACUGGUGAUCCGUUUGCUAUGUUCGUGUAAUAUUUUACUGUGGGAUGAGUCUGUUCGGGGGUGAUUGUAUGAAAGGCUGUCAAACGGAGUGGGAGAAAAGAAUCAAGGGCUGCGAUGUUGAAAUGAUUCAAUGAUGUAUUUUGAAAAGAAGAGAAAUCUAGUUCCUUUGGAAGUGGUUUAGGAAAAGAAAUCGCACGCGAAUUUCUGUCCAAGUAGCCGAUGUGAAGCAGAUGAUGAUGUUUAAAAGAUUUAUUGAGAUGGAUUGCCAUGCUGAUGGAAAGGAGUCUUUGAGAUGAUUGCUUUGUGUAUGCUUAUUACGCUGAGAUGAAAUUUGGCGAGAUGAAACUGUGCUUUGCCUUAUGUUGUUGAGAAUUGAUACAGCAGCCCAGACAGAUUCACUGUUGA